AUGGCGGAUAUGAAAUGGAUUCCUAAAGGACGGAAUAAACUCGUGUUUGGUAUCAUGUCUUGCGCUGACGUGACCUUCACCUUGUAUGAAACAAGUGACCAAUCAAACCAGUAUGUUCUCUUCUACUUGGGCUACUACCAAAACAACUACGCGCUCAUCAUUCCGAGUUCCGAUUGCGACGACAGCGGCAACUGCGACAUCCGCUUCUUCAGCGAAGGGAUGUACCUCGACUGCAGCAACUUUGCGUUUUUCUGGAUGAGCUGGGACCUGACUGGAAAGGUUACACUAGGGUCUGGCGAUGAGAUUGGGGUGGGCACACUGAUGGAAAUUACCAACGGGUUGACGGUUGAGCCUUACUACGCUGACGUCCUCUUUGAUGACCCGAGUGGCGGGCAAAUAUACGUGUUUAUCGAUGAUCCACCUGUCCCCCUUAAUCCACUCCCUGACGGAACUACAGUCUUUGAAGUAUACGAGACGAACGUGAUACAUAACGCCCUCUACACCGCCGAGGCGUCUGACCCGGAAGCUGAUCCCGUGGCCUUCUACGUCCUUGAUGAACACAGCGACGUCUUCACCUUCAGCGACACGACGUUGACAAACAUAGCCCCUCUGGACUACGAAAAGCAUUGUGAAUAUGCAGUGAAAGUAACCAUAUACGACAACGCCAACAUCGUCACCACAAUGCUGACCAUCAAGGUUCUAAACGUCUUCGACGAGCCCCCAAACGUGGACGCCGUGUCUGUCUCACUACCUGAGGAACUUUCUAUCGGCAGCUUCAUCGACAGCGGACUCACAGUUAGCGACGCCGACGUGGGUGACCAGCUGACGUACUCUCUGUCAGGAAGCCACGCGAGUUACUUCGAGGUCACAGCAGACGGAAGGUUCAAGGUCGCGGAGCGGAUUGAUUUCGACCCACCAAACAGUAUCAAACAGCUCGACCAGUUAACAUUGAUCGUAACUGACCUCAACUCCAAUUCGAACUCAACGACCUUGACCUUCGCUGUGACGGAUGUCAAUGACAUGAAGCCGACGUUUUCCCAGGCAGUAUAUAGCGCAGAGGUCACCGAGGGUUCCGGAACAGUAUCCCUCCUGCAACUGACGAUUACUGACGCUGACAGCGGAGUGAACGCCGAGUAUGACGUCACGAUGGACGGCGAUGACCCGAGUGACCCAGCGUUUACCUUUGACCCCAGCACACUCCAGCUGUCAGUGGACGCCAACAAGCUGGACUACGAGAGCCUCGAGGCCUCGGCCUUCACCUCCACUCUCACCUUUGUUGCCACCGACAAGGCCACGGAAUACGAGCCCAGGACCGGAAGUACUGUUGCAUUAAUUAAGGUCCUUCCUGACAACGAGUUUACUCCUGUGUGGUCAGCCACGCCCAUGGACCUGACCAUUGAUGAAUCAUCACCCCCGGGCACUGUCAUAGGGAGCUACAUAGCAACUGAUGGAGAUCUCAGCCUACAUGGUGACGUCACCUACCAAGUUGUCUCCCUCGUCACUGAUCAGGGAGUUGACGCAAUGGGCACCUUCUUCUUGGACUCGGGAACCGGGGAGCUGAGAGUGGCCUCCCCUGUUGAUGCAGACACACAGACAGGUGGCGCUGCAUUUUACGACAUAACGAUCCAGGCGGCGGAUUGCUGUUCCAAGAACGUUCAGGCUUCCUUUAAGAUCUUCAUCUUUGGGGAGAACGACAAUGCCCCCUCAUUUUCAGAGGUUUCUUACCAAGCUGAAUUAUCAGAGGACGCCGUAAUACACAGCGUUGUCCUUGACCUUCAAGCAACUGACGCUGAUUGGGACAUUUUGACGUACACGUUGCUAGGAAAUGGGAAUGAACUCUUCCAAUACACUUCACCGGGUCUUAUUGUUUAUGGGCCUCUAGAUUAUGAAACGAAACGCUGUUUCUUUCUAACGUUAAGAGCGAGUGAUGGCGUGCACGAGACAGACGUCCCCGUCAACAUUAACAUCAGGAACGUCAUCGACGAAGCACCCGUCCUCACCGUGAACACGCCUAUCUCCCUCACCGAGGAACAACCUGUAGGGACGCCGUUAGGGGGCGUGUAUGACGUCACAGACAGGGAUGAGAACGACACUCUCACUUUCAGCCUCGAAGGGUCUGAAAGCUCAUACUUCUACAUCGACUCUACAACGGGCGUCAUCAUCCUGGAACAGAGAAUAGACAGAGAGGGCGGUUUGACCUCCAUCUCAGAUGUGACCUUAAAGGUGACAGACUCCGGGGGCAACGUGGCAAGUGCUACUCUCACCUUCGACAUCGUGGACAUCAACGACAACAGUCCACAGUUCAGCAGCGACGUGAUCCACAUUGAGGUCACCGAGAACACCCCACACGAUAUGCUCCUCAGUUCUCUGGAGGUGACUGACGGGGACGCCGGGGACAACGCCGAAGUCGUCGUCUCCAUCAUCAGCGGUGAUGAUGACUCCCCGGAUGAGAAGUUUCAGUUGAUCGGGACUGAAGUGCGAACAUCCGGGACCUAUAUUGAUUACGAGGCUCUGAGUUCUGCCAACUUCCUGUACACCCUGACCGUGCAAGCCGUGGAUCAGCCCACGACGGAGGCGGCGAAGACGGCUGUUGCUGUAGUUGUCGUCACAGUUGUGCCAGAAAAUGAGCGCACUCCAACGUGGGAUACUGCACCGAGUGAUAUGACUGUCAGUGAAAGCAGGGACGCCGGGUCACAGCUGGGUCACUACACAGCAACUGAUGACGAUGUAGGCAGAGAUGGUGACAUCACAUACCAACUUGUUUCCGUCACAGAUGAUUCCGGUGGAGACGGGUCUGAGAAAUUCCACCUGGACUCCGGAGAUGGGAAACUCCUCCUCGCCUGUCCCCUCGAUUACGACAAACCCACAGGGGGCGCUGCAUACUAUGACGUCACCAUGAAAGCCGUUGAUGGAGGAGUUACGGCCAAGUUUGUUGAGACAACGUUCCGUAUUUCCGUGGGCGCCGAAAACGACAAUGCACCGAAGUUCGCCGAGUCUCUGUACCAGGCCGUUGUCACAGAGCAGGCCGACAUUCACACCUCGCUGUUCUCCGUCGUCGCCAACGACGCUGACGACGAUGUGUUAACGUACACGCUGGUGGGAGACGGGACGGACAUGUUUGCUUACGACGACCUGAACAAUCUUAUCACGAGCUCUACCCUAGAUUACGAGUCCCACCGAUGUUAUACGUUUAUACUGAGAGUGAAUGAUGGUUUGCACGAGGUAGAUGUACCUGUUAGCAUCAACGUGAGCAACGUCAUCGACGAGACACCCGUCCUCACCGUGAACACGCCCAUCAUCCUUUUCGAGGAACAACCUGUUGACACACCGCUAGGGGGUGUGUAUGUCGUCACAGACAGGGACGAGGACGACACUUUUACGUACAGCCUCGAAGGCACCGGAAGUUCCUUCUUCAGCAUUGACCCUUCAUCUGGUCUGAUGACCUUGGCCGAGAGAAUGGACAGAGAGGCCGGUUUGACCUACAUCACAGACGUGACCUUGAAGGUGACGGACGCUGGCGGCAACGUCGCGUCUGAGGCGCUAAUCUUCGACAUCGUGGACAUCAACGACAACAGUCCUCAGUUCAGCAGCGACGUGAUCCACUUGGAGGUCACCGAGAACACCCCGCCAGAUAUGCUCCUCAGUACGCUGGAGGUGACUGACGGUGACGCCGGGGACAACGCCAAAGUCGUCGUCUCCAUCAUCAGCGGCGACGAUGACUCCCCGGAUGAGAAGUUUCAGUUGAUCGGGACUGAAGUGCGAACAUCCGGGACCUUUAUUGACUACGAGGCUCUGAGUUCUGCCAACUUCCUGUACACCCUAACCGUGCAAGCCGUGGAUCAGCCCACGACGGAGGCGGCGAAGACGGCUGUUGCUGUAGUUGUCGUCACAGUUGUGUCAGAAAAUGAGCACACUCCAACGUGGGAUACUGCACCGAGUGAUAUGACUGUCAGUGAAAGCAGGGACGCCGGGUCACAGCUGGGUCACUACACAGCAACUGAUGACGAUGUAGGCAGAGAUGGUGAUGUCACAUACCAACUUGUUUCCGUCACAGAUGAUUCCGGUGGAGACGGGUUUGAAAAAUUCCACCUGGACUCCGGAGAUGGGAAACUCCUCCUCGCCUGUCCCCUCGAUUACGACAAACCCACAGGGGGCGCUGCAUACUAUGACGUCACCAUGAAAGCCGUUGAUGGAGGAGUUACGGCCUUGUUUGUGGAGACAACGUUCCGUAUUUCCGUGGGCGCCGAAAACGACAAUGCACCGAAGUUCGCCGAGUCUCUGUACCAGGCCGUUGUCACAGAGCAGGCCGACAUUCACACCUCGCUGUUCUCCGCCGUCGCCAACGACGCUGACGACGAUGUGUUAACGUACACGCUGGUGGGAGACGGGACGGACAUGUUUGCUUACGACGACCUGAACAAUCUUAUCAUGAGCUCUACCCUAGAUUACGAGUCCCACCGAUGUUAUACGUUUCUACUGAGAGUGAACGAUGGUUUGCACGAGGUAGAUGUACCUGUUAGCAUCAACGUGAGCAACGUCAUCGACGAGACGCCCGUCCUCACCGUGAACACGCCCAUCAUCCUUUUCGAGGAACAACCUGUUGACACACCGCUAGGGGGUGUGUAUGUCGUCACAGACAGGGACGAGGACGACACUUUCACGUACAGCCUCGAAGGCACCGGAAGUUCCUACUUUAGCAUUGACCCUUCAUCUGGUUUGAUGACCUUGGCGCAGAGAAUGGACAGAGAGGCCGGUUUGACCUUCAUCACAGACGUGACCUUGAAGGUGACGGACGCUGGCGGCAAUGUGGCGUCUGAGGCGCUCAUCUUCGACAUCGUGGACAUCAACGACAACAGCCCUCAGUUCAGCAGCGACGUGAUCCACUUGGAGGUCACCGAGAACACCCCGCAAGAUAUGCUCCUCAGUACGCUGGAGGUGACUGACGGGGACGCCGGGGACAACGCCAAAGUCGUCGUCUCCAUCAUUAGCGGCGAUGAUGACUCCCCGGAUGAGAAGUUUCAGUUGAUCGGGACUGAAGUGCGAACAUCCGGGACCUUUAUUGACUAUGAGGCUCUGAGUUCUGCCAACUUCCUGUACACCCUGACCGUGCAAGCCGUGGAUCAGCCCACGACGGAGGCGGCGAAGACGGCUGUUGCUGUAGUUGUCGUCACAGUUGUGUCAGAAAAUGAGCACACUCCAACGUGGGAUACUGCACCGAUUGAUAUGACUGUCAGUGAAAGCAGGGACGCCGGAUCGCAGCUGGGUCACUACACAGCAACUGAUGACGAUGUAGGCAGAGAUGGUGAUGUCACAUACCAACUUGUUUCCGUCACAGAUGAUUCCGGUGGAGACGGGUCUGAGAAAUUCCACCUGGACUCUGGAGAUGGGAAACUCCUCCUCGCCUCGACCCUCGAUUACGACAAACCCACAGGGGGCGCUACAUACUUUGACGUCACUAUGAAAGCCGUUGAUGGAGGAGUUACGGCCAAGUUUGUGGAGACAACGUUCCGAAUUUUCGUGGGCGCCGAAAACGACAAUGCACCGAAGUUCGCCGAGUCGCUGUACCAGGCCGUUGUCACAGAGCAGGCCGACAUUCACACCUCGCUGUUCUCCGCCGUCGCCAACGACGCUGACGACGAUGUGUUAACGUACACGCUGGUGGGAGACGGGACGGACAUGUUUGCUUACGAAGACCUGAACAAUCUUAUCACGAGCUCUACCCUAGAUUACGAGUCCCACCGAUGUUAUACGUUUAUACUGAGAGUGAAUGAUGGUUUGCACGAGGUAGAUGUACCUGUUAGCAUUAACGUGAGCAACGUCAUCGACGAGACGCCCGUCCUCACCGUGAACACGCCCAUCAUCCUUUUCGAGGAACAACCUGUUGACACACCGCUAGGGGGUGUGUAUGUCGUCACAGACAGGGACGAGGACGACACUUUCACGUACAGCCUCGAAGGCACCGGAAGUUCCUACUUUAGCAUUGACCCUUCAACCGGUUUGAUGACCUUGGGACAGAGAAUGGACAGAGAGGCCGGUUUGACCUUCAUCACAGACGUGACCUUGAAGGUGACGGACGCAGGCGGCAACGUCGCGUCAGAGACUCUCACCUUUGACAUCGUGGACAUCAACGACAACAGUCCACAGUUCAGCAGCGACGUUGUUUAUGUGAAUGUGUCUGAGAACACAGCAUACGGUUAG